AAUAGUAUUGCCACAGGCAGGGGAGAGGCCAGAGAGAAAGAGGGAGAGCGUGGAGGUGAGCUCUGGGUUAUGGGCUGGUGCUUUAUUAACUUAUUUUUUACAGCUCUGAAGGUUUCGAGAGUCAGUAGGAAGACGAAUUUCCUCGGUCUUACCCGUCUGUCCAGUUUUUUUCUUAUCUUCAAAGUAAGACAGAGAGCAGGCUGUCUUCAGUGAAGCCUUUGAAUCCGCCUACACAACAGGGGGAUUGUUUAAAGGCUUUAUUAUCUUUUGCUGAAAGACACACCUGUUGGCACCGUUUUAGUUGAUCACUUUUUUUUUUGCUGGAGAUUUCUGUUCAUUCUCCACGUGACAGAGACUCACUCAGGAGCUCGCUGGAUGUGUUUGCGGGGAAGAAUGAGCGGCUUUCUGUACUUCAUCCUCCCAGCUCUGGGUGGAUACACUCUCACCUCUCUGUACCUGCUGAAGAACCCGCUCAUUCUCCACAGGAAGAAACGCACCGCUUUUUACUGCACACACAUCUCACACAGAGGAGGAUGUGGAGAGAGGAUUGAGAGCACCAUGGGGGCGUUCACACAUGCCGUGGAACAGGGCACACAGAUGCUGGAGAUGGAUUGUCACUUGACUCGCGAUGGACAUGUGGUGGUGUCACAUGAUGAGAAUCUGCUGAGGCAGACCGGCCACGACGUCACCAUCUCCUCACUCAAUCUACAGGAUAUGCCUCUGUAUAAGGAGAAACUGGAGGUGACAUUUUACGCAGGACGCUACAGCAGCGGUGCAGACAGGAAGUUCGCUUUGCUGGAGGACGUGUUCAGGAAGUUCCCUGACACGCCUGUCAGCAUUGAGAUUAAGGAGAACAACAAGGAGCUGAUAGAAAAGGUGUCUGACUUGGUCAGAUGCUACAACAGGGAGGAAAUCACUGUCUGGGCCUCUGUGAACAGCAGGAUCAUGAAGGAAUGCCGCAAAACGAAUGACUCGAUGCCGUACAGCUUCACUGUGCACCGAGGUGUCUUGCUUCUUCUUCUCUUCUACAGUGGCCUGCUGCCCUUUGUGCCACUGGGAGAGAGUUUAGUGCAGUGCUACCUGCCACGCAUCAUCAACAGGACGUUCAUUCCUAAGAAGCGCAUCCUGAGGAACCCACUGAUCAUCUCCCUGAUAGAAAAAGUAACAAUGAGGAAGAGUCUUUUUAAUCACCUGGCAGCCCGGGGAAUUCAGGUAUGAAACCACAUACAUACCUCAUCCAAACACUGCUCUGCUGUGCAUUUGUUUGUGUGCAAUGAAGAUGAAGACAUAAAGGCUGCAUUUGAAGUGGGAGCCACAGGGGUGAUGAGUGACUACCCGACUCUUCUCUCAAGCUACCUCUGCAGAAACAGGAGUCAGGAUUGAUCC